AUGUCCCUUGCCGAGGCAUCCGCAUCGACAGCCGACAAGGAGUCCUUGAUCGCACCCAUAUCGUCGACUGCCGCACCCGAUUCUCAGGAUCAUCCUCGCUCCGCCCCAGGCACUCCAAGCACCCCUUCACCAGCUUCCGCUCCCCCAGCAUCCCCCUCUUCAUAUCAUCCACCUGCCUCUAUCUCCUCAACAGAUGCAACCCGAUCCUCACCACAACCUUUACCGCCAACCAGCGACAACACCUCUGGCUCGAUCCCAACAUCCAAUGCCCUGGCAUCCUCUCUCAAAUCCCGGAUCUCUUCCUCUGCCUCGCUAUCGUCCCUCUCCUCCACAACUCCCACCAGCAUCAUCAGUCCAAAACCUUACACUGCCUACGACCACUCCACUGCCGCCGCCUCUUCAGCUUCACUCUCUGCUGCCACCAGUUCUCUGCUGAUGCUAUCGGGAUCCAAAGGCGUCCAUUCAGAUGCUUCAAACCAUACAGCUAAGAACGUGCACAUCAAGUCGGAGGAUGUAGAAUCGACCAGGGUCAGACCUCGCUCCCCAGAGAACCACAAUACCCACCUCUACGCAUCCCAAAGUCGCUCGAGCUGGGAACACCAACAGCAACCACAACAUUACAGCCAGCACCACCAAAACAACCAACAACAUAGCACCCAGCACCAAUGGUGGCAGUCAAGCCGAGGCUCGGAGGAUGAGGAGAUGGGCCACAGUGGCCCGGAUCAAUCUAGACAGCAUGAAAAAGAGAACCAUGAUGGCCAAUCACAUCGGAGUCAUCCUUAUCACAAUUCGCACCAUCUCGGCUCUUACCAUCAGCAUCAGCAGCGUGAACGUGAAGAUACGGAUGAAGAUAUGACGGACAUAUCGACUGGAGCUGGUCUCAAAGUGCCUAGAGCUCGCAAGCGUCUUGCUUCUCCCAACUCCCCUAGGUCGACUCCUGGCAGAGAUACCGCGACCCCUGUUGAAUACUCUAUGACCCCCUCCCCUAGAUUGCCACCUCGGACAUCAGGAAGCCCUGGAGCAUCAAGCUCAUCCCGUUCACGAAAGAACUCUAUCGGUGGAGCCAAAAAGGAACACAAGGUCGGUGUCACUGCAACCAGCUGUGCCAAUUGCGGUACGACUACCACGCCGCUCUGGAGACGCGCCGGCAACGGGCAGACAAUCUGCAAUGCUUGUGGUCUUUAUUUCAAGGCUAGGAAUCUGACGCGACCAACCUGGCUUAAACGCAACACUGGCGCCAAGAAGGGUGACGUAACUGGUGAUGAGGCAGACGAGGCCGACGGUCGGGGAGGUGCUAAGGGUUCGGGAGCUGAAUCAGGAGCUCCUUCGACCACACCAGAGAUUGCUGAUGAGGGACCAGAACCUGACAAGCCUGCACAUACAGCAACAACGGCGGGAGCGGCUCCAGGGAUGCCUGGACAUGUGCACGACAGCGAAUGUGCGGGAUCUUGUCCAGGAGAUGGCAACUGUAACGGAGCAGGCGGAGCAGAGUCUUGUGCCGGUUGCCCUUCGUAUAACCAACAUCAAGCGAGCCGCCAGCAUUUGGUUUGCGCCAACUGUCGAACCACCACAACUCCACUCUGGCGCCGCGACAGUAGUGGCAAUACCAUCUGUAACGCCUGUGGAUUGUACUUCAAGCUGCACAACGUUCAUCGACCCGUGACGAUGAAGAGAGCCGUCAUCAAGCGAAGGAAGCGUGUCAACCUCCUGGCCAACUCGCCCCCGCUUGUCGCUACUGUUCCCGAAACGCAGAAAUCAGAACAAGACUCACAGGCACCAGCCCAAGGACAGGGAGCACAACAGCAGUCGACACCAAAGCCUCUUCAACGUCCUCCAAAGACCAAGCAACCCAAGACGACAUCUGAACCUUCUGCACCGCCAACUGCAUCUGACCUUGAACCCAACGACAAUGACCCUCAAGAACAGAAGCAAGGUCGCGCCGCCACCAAACGCCGGAAAGUUCAAAGUUCGAUUGCGCCCCGUGGGGUCCCGGCGAUCGAGGACUUUAUCCAGCCCAAUCGAUCGGCCAAUGGACAGACAGAGUGGCUUCGUCAGGACCCUGGUGUUGCGGAAGCACACCGCAGCGUUUCACCUAUCGAGAACAUUGGAAGAGGACAAAGUGAUGAACAUGGCCAUCAUUACAGUCACAGCUCGUCGUACAGCCAGGUGCCGCCCUUGUCGCGUCCGCAGGAGCAGAAUGGAUCGAGCCACGACCAAUCCUCUCAGCAGCGGCCGUCGUCAUCGUCUCCAGGACAUUCACAGCAGCCUUCGCGAUAUCUUUACAAUGUGCACCAAGGAAACGGGCAGUAUCAGUCGUCACAGUCGAUGACUAUGUCGCGUUAUCCCAUGCACUCGCUGCCUCCUCCUCCCCCAUCAAGAAGCCAACGUCAGUCACCGCCUCAUUCUUCACACUCUCCUCACCACGGUCAGCAUUUGCCUCCUCCACCACAACAGCAUCCUCAACACCACCAGCAUUCGCAAAAUCAUUACCAGCACGAGCAGCAUCAUCCGGACGACAUCACCAUGCAGGGCUACCAGGGACUGCACGGGCCUCGAAGUGGUCACAUGGACGAUUCUAUGCACUCUUCCCAGUACUCUGCUCCUUCGUCUGGUUGGAACCACCGUUUGCCUGGAUAUGCCACAGUGUCCUCGAACACCUUCAGCACUCGCCUCUCGUCGAUCGGUAUUGUGCACUCGUCGGGACCAAGCCCCAACUCCCCUCCAGGAUAUCCACGACAGGAGCCCACCAGCCCUUAUGCGCAUUCCCAGUCGAUGCGGCCACUGGGUCUUGACUCUUAUGGAUCAAGCUCUUCAGGAACUUCCGGUGGUCGGGAUGGCAGAAGUGGGUAUGGUAGCUCAUAUCACCACGGGCUGUCAUCGAUUUUAAACCCUAUGCGCGGCAACAACUCUCGAGAGAGCGAUAACGAAGACGGAUCAGCCCAUUUGCCACCUAUUUCGAUGCCCUCGUCCAACACUCAGCACCAGCUGCUUCCUAGAGCGUCCGAGAUUUUGCACCAGCGUCAAGAGUCUUCUGGACCUCACCACUCGCAUCAUUAUUCUUCGUACUCGCAACAACAACAACAACAGCAGCAGCAGCAGCCCCCACGACACUCGUCACCACCACCGCCUCCAACGUCUUCGGCGGCUGCGCCUUCUGGUGGCCUUCCCAACACGGAAGUCUUGCAGCAGACUCGAGAGGAUCUGCAGAGAGAGGUGUCGCAUCUGUCAAUGCUUCUGGGCCGUGCAGCCGCCGUGUUGAAUGGACUAGACCAAGCAUUAGGGCCCAACAAUGCUAGUGGCGGCGCAGGAGGCGAGGCAGACGCGAAAACAAACCCUUUGGCAGCGCUUGCAGCCUUGGGCGCAUUGCCAACGGAUGUGAAGACUAGCUCUGCGCUAGCUAGUCUAAUGGCAUUGAGUGCUUCUGGAGACGAAAGAGGAGCUCCAGGUAAUGGUGGUGGUGCAGUGUCUAUUACUGCGACGGCAGGAUCAGUAGUCAGCUCGGGAAGUGCAUCAGGUCCACCACUUUCUUCAGCUGGCUCUGGGCCAUCGCCGCGUGAUACGUAUGGUCAUACCAAUGCAUCCAUCCCCCCACCACCACCACUUUCCAACCACCACACCCACAUGUCCUAUCCUCUCCCUCGUCGUGAAUAA